AUGGCCACCAACACAGAGCAAGUCUGUGAACACUCUAAUCUCUACCUGAAUGUCUCACCACAUGCCAGCAAGGCAGGCUUCAAACGCGCAACAGAGAGACAACGUAUUUUGGCGGCAACCAAAGAUGGACGCUUCAGGAAAAAUCUCAAUUUGCUAACACCAAAAGAGCUCUUUGAGGAUGAAAUGACGUUUCCUGGCCCAUUGGUUCUCCCAGAUGAUGACCUGGCCGAGGACCCAGAGUGCCCGCCACAGGAUUUCCGUGAAUGGAGAGAUGAAGAGGAGCGGAAUCCGGUGACCCGAGAAAGGAAGACUAUCUACAUUAUACCAAGUCCAACAAUUAUGCCGGAAGUGUCCAAAAUGACAAAAUGGUCGGAAUGCCGCCGUCAGAAUGCAACACAGGAAAAGGAACAGGAUGCAACACGGGAAUUCAAUACGCAACAACAGUUGGAGGCCAUUGCCGACCAUCCAAAGGGGCAAGAUAUUCUAGAGUACCUGUCUGCAUUCUUCCACGGCAUGGACGUAAAGCCUUUCGAAAAGCCCUUUAGAUGGCAAAAAUGGGACAAGUAUGCCGGAGGAAUCCUGAAAAGCCCCAACACCGAACGACGUAUCGGACUCCUAGCCCCAAACAAUGAGCUCUUCGGAAUCCGGUGCCGUCUGUCACCAGAUGGAGUGUCUCCUAUGCAGGUCAACUUGGACGACAUACUGGAUGCUCUAGCAGAAAACAUCCCGCCAGACGCACACUCUGUCAUGAUGCUGCUCCACAUGGACAUGUACGAAGGAGACGGCGACGUCUUCACCGCCGGCCGUGCAUAUGGAGGCAGCCGCAUCGCCGCCGUCUCCCUAUUCCGCGAUAAUCCGCUCUGUGCACCUCACGACGACGGCCACGCAUGGCCAUCGUCUCACUGUGCAGCCUACAUCGACCAACUCUGCCUCGAAGCGUCUAGCCCACCCUCCAAGCAAACAGGACGGCAACCUUCCUCACGACCACGACAAGACAGUGGCGGCCCCUUACACGUGGCAAUUGAAGCAGCUGCCGUCAAUGCCAAGCGCAAGAUCCCGCUGGAAGCCUCGUCAGUCCAAUGGCUUGAGAGGACGGUAGUGACCAUGGCACACGAACUGUGUCACUGUCUGGGACUGGAUCACUGCACGUAUUUCGCGUGUGCGAUGCAGGGGUGCGCCAACCUCGACGAGGCACAGCGGCAGCCGCCGUACUUGUGUCCCGUUUGUCUGGAGAAGCUCUGCACGGCGAUAGGGGAGGGUACGAGAAAUGGGUUUGUGAGGGAGCGGUAUGAGGCGUUGAGGAGGGUUUGUGAGAGAUGGGGGGAUGCGAGUGUGUCGAGGAUGUUUGCUGGGUAUAAGGCGUGGCUGGACGCUGUGAUUGAGCGAAGCCCUGGGGGAGAUGUUAUGGUAAUUGAGAACUGA